GCGGGGAGGGGCCGCGAAGGAUUGUGGGAUAUUGCGGCCCAGGUUGGUGGCGAAGCGAUCGCUCGGCGACGGUUAGUGCGGGCGCGAGAGAGACGGCCCGUUUCUUGAUCGACGGGAAGAGCUGAGGGACACAAGCAAGAAGCUUGGCCCCGCUUCUCUCGGCCACUCGCCCCCCGAUGUGUUUGUAGUGUAGGGAGGAGAAGGAGCUCGCGCGAUGGCUUCCAGCAGCGGCACCGAUGUGAUCCAGGUCACCAAUGUCUCCCCGAGCGCCAGUUCCGAGCAGAUGCGGACUCUCUUCGGCUUCCUGGGCAAGAUCGAGGAACUGCGCCUUUUCCCUCCCGAUGACUCUCCUUUGCCUGUUUCCUCACGUGUCUGUUUUGUAAAGUUCCAAGAUCCUGACUCUGCAGUCGUGGCUCAGCAUCUGACAAAUACUGUAUUCGUUGACAGAGCAUUGAUAGUCGUACCAUUUGCAGAAGGAGUUAUUCCUGAUGAGACUAAGGCUUUGUCUCUCCUGGCACCAGCUAAUGCUGUGGCAGGUCUACUGCCGGGGGGUGGACUCCUGCCUACGCCCAACCCGCUUUCUCAGAUUGGUGCUGUUCCUUUGGCUGCUUUAGGAGCUCCAACUCUUGACCCAGCUCUGGCUGCUCUAGGGCUUCCUGGGGCAAAUUUAAAUUCUCAGUCUCUGGCAGCAGAUCAACUACUAAAGCUUAUGAGCACAGUGGAUCCAAAGUUGAACCACGUAGCUGCAGGUCUCGUUUCACCAAGUCUGAAAUCAGAUACCUCCAGUAAAGAAAUCGAAGAAGCCAUGAAACGAGUACGAGAAGCACAGUCCCUGAUUUCUGCUGCCAUAGAACCAGAUAAAAAAGAUGAUAAAAGAAGGCAUUCAAGAUCCAGAUCCCGUUCUAGGAGGAGGAGAACUCCUUCUUCUUCCAGGCACAGACGGUCAAGAAGCAGAUCAAGAAGACGAUCUCAUUCAAAGUCAAGAAGCAGGAGACGAUCUAAAAGUCCUAGGCGGCGGAGAUCUCAUUCUCGAGAGCGUGCUAGAAGGUCUAGGAGCACAUCCAAAUCCAGAGAAAAAAAGAAAGAAGAGAAAGAGAAGAAAAGGUCUAAAACUCCACCAAAGAGUUACAGCACAGCCAGAAGAUCCAGAAGCACAAGCAGAGAGAGACGACGCAGGAGAAGCAGGAGUGCAUCCAGAUCACCUAAAAAGCCCAGAUCUCCUAAGAGAAAGAUGUCAAGAUCCCCUUCACCAAAAAGACACAAAAAGGAAAAGAAAAAGGAUAAAGACAAAGAGAGAAGUAGGGAUGAACGUGAAAGGUCAACAAGCAAGAAGAAGAAGAGCAAAGACAAAGAGAAGGAUCGAGAGAGAAAGUCCGAGAGUGACAAAGAUGUCAAACAGGUCACAAGAGAUUAUGAUGAAGAAGAACAAGGCUACGACAGUGAAAAAGAGAAAAAGGAAGAAAAAGCAGCAGAUUCCACUUCUCCCAAACUUAGAGAGUCACCAGCUGAAAAAGGGGGUGGAGAUUCAACAAGGGAAUCCAAAGUCAAUGGGGAUGAUCAUCAUGAAGAGGAUAUGGAUAUGAGUGACUGAAUAUUGCCUUUGCAGUAACAAUAGUUGCCGACAUGCAUCAGUGUCAUUCCUGUGUGAUUCCUUUAUGCUGUACUUGUUUAACCUUUUAAUCUAGAUGUACACAGCUGUAUCUAUAACUGGUUGUAAAGCUCCUGAUAUUAAAUAAUUACAUCAAAAGCUUUAGAGAAAAUGAUAUCUGGGUUUCCAUUCUUGUCAUUGGCCAAAUUGAACUGAGUAGCUCAAUAGUUCUUAUUUACUUGGUGCUGCUUUUUUUCCUUUUUGAGUAAAAAGCUGCAUGCAUCUUUGGCAGGCAUGGACUGUUUGUGUUGUAUGAUCUUUUUAGUAAACCAGGUCACCUCCAAUAGUGUUUCUAGAGUUUGAUUCAUUUGCGGUAAUAGAACAGUAAAAGGGAAUGCACUGGCUGCAUGUUACCUGUGGCAAGAAACAUCUUCAUCUACAACUUUUAUGGUGGAUCUGCUAAGGAUCUUAAGUGUAGACACAGAACUAACAUUAUCUUAAUCUGGAAACAAACAUUCUAUUAGAAGUAGAUAACUCUUUUUAGCCCUGUGGCUAAAUAUUUUUGUUGAUCUUUGGUUCUGGCAAGGUUGAAAUGCACUAACCUUUUUUGAUGCUUAAUUUAAGGUGAAUUUUGAAUUUUAAAUCCUCAGGUGGUGUUUUUGUGUUUAACUUUUGACAACUUGGACUUUUGGAGAUAGUAAUGCAAAACUUCUGUGUUUCUUCAAGAACCACAAGCUGAAAGAGAUCUAACCUUGUGUAGUGUUGAUAUCCCAUGUUCUAUUUCAUUUUGUUGUGAAAAAAAACCCUGCAAAAAAGGUAGUGCAUUUUAAAAAUUGAAUGUCAUGAUGAUUUUUAAAACACAAGUCUAUUGGAUAAUGUACUUGAUCUCAAGUUGUAUAAACUAAUUUGUGUUAUAGUCACUGAAGUAGUAACCUUAUGCACACAGUGAUUUCAUGUUAUAUGCAAAGUAGUUGGACAGCCUGUUCUUUUUAGUUCUGGAAGUUUUUGGAGCAUUUACUUUUGUGCAGGUGAAAACAAAAGUAGGCUACAGUCUGUGCCAUGUUGAUGUACAGUUUCUGAAAUUGUUUUACAAAACUUUGAUAAUAAAACUCUUAAACAUC